AUGAUUGAGGAAAGCUUAAACUAUUCCAAGUUACUGAGCAGCCUAAUAAAUGAAGAUGGAACACUUAAUGAGGUCGUUACAUCCUUUUUAUAUCAGCUUUUCCCUAGAGACUUAUUUGUCAGGGCCUUCUCUUUACUUGAAUCAACAGAUUUAUUGAUAUACAUUUUAGACACAGAGAAAAAACUCUCUGAAAAGCCUCCUGGUGGCGAAACGCAAGAUACUAAAGACCAUAAGAACGUUGAGAACGACCAGAAAGCAUCGUCUGCCAGCAAUUCCCCCCAUCAUAUCCCGGAAGCAAACAACUUAGACAGUCUUAUUAAUGCAUGUUACGAAAAAGAUAGUACCAAAAUAUUCCGGCUAAUAGUACAGCAAGCAAACCAGGACAUUGCUCCUUUCUACGUUGAUCUAGAAAAGUGGUUUUGUUCCUGUGACGAGUAUGCUGGAUUGCUUUGUGAGAAACUUCGAUCUGAGAAGAGCCUAGCUGAGCAACUAAUAAAUCACAAGGGUAGCAUACCAAGCGAAAAUCAAGAUGAUUUCGCAAAAAUACGCCUGCAGUCGGACUCCGUUAUCGCUAGACAUGACAAGAUCAUGUGCCCUCACCUGCUAGCGUUUGCAAUUCUAUUGCAAACAAGCCAAAGCGUCCUUAGAUAUUUCACGAAAGGACCCACCCCAGGUGUAUUUAUAUUUACAGUUGCUGAAAUCGAUGAUUGGCUUAAACUCCAUCUCAAUGUCGUAUAG